CAUUUCACCCUGUACUCAUUGAAUGAAAGGAUUUUGACAAUGGCGGUGUGGGAAGUUAUUCCCUUACUGAUUUUACUUUUAGUUUUAAACAAAACAGUUUUAGUUUUUACACAGGACCAGUUUUUAACACCGCCUUACUUCAAUCUUGCACAGUCGCAAGAAAUAAUAGCAAGUGCAACAUGCGGAGUUGGAGUUUCAGGACGAGAGUUAUUUUGUAAACUUACAGGUGCAACCGGCGAAUAUGCAAAUAGAUUUACACCAACUAAUGAAGUUACUAUAAUGGAAGGACAAAAUUGUGAUCUUUGUGAGGUUCCUAGUUCUGAGGGAACCAUCAGAUCAACAAAAGAACAUCCUGCAGAAUUUGCUAUAGAUGGUACAGAAAGAUGGUGGCAGAGUCCCCCUCUCUCCAGGGACUUGAAAUACAACGAAGUCAACCUUACAAUCAAUUUAGGACAGGAAUUUCAUGUUGCUUACAUCUUCAUCAAGAUGGCCAACUCCCCAAGACCAGGAGUUUGGGCUUUAGAAAGAUCACUGGAUUUUGGUAAAACCUUUCAACCCUGGCAAUACUUUGCAGAUACUCCAAGCGAUUGUAUCAAAUUCUUCAACACUCCAGCAGAUCAAGAAAUCGCUGAAGAUGACAGUGUCAUUUGUACUACAGAGUUUUCCAAGAUAGUCCCCCUUGAAAAUGGAGAGAUUGUUGUAUCCUUGGUUAACAACAGACCAAAUGCAAAGAAUUUCACAUUUUCUGAGAAGCUACAGGACUGGACACAGGCGACCAAUGUCAGACUUCGUCUCCUGAGAACAAAAACAUUGUUAGGACAUUUGAUGGCUGUGGCUAGACAAGAUCCAACUGUCACUAGAAGGUAUUUCUAUAGUAUCAAAGACAUAUCUCUUGGUGGACGAUGUGUGUGUAAUGGCCAUGCCGAAUCAUGUGAUCGAGACCCUAACAAUCCCCGCCUCCUCACAUGUAAAUGUCAACACAACACAUGUGGAGAACAGUGUAACACUUGUUGCCCAGGAUAUGUACAGAAGUCAUGGAUGCCUGCCAAAGCUGGACACCCAUUUGUUUGCGAACCCUGUCAAUGUUAUGGACAUACCAAUGAUUGUUUAUAUGAUGCUGAGGUAGACAGACUAAAACAGAGUAUAGAUGUCUAUGGUAAAUACGUAGGAGGUGGUGUAUGUCAGAACUGUAGGGACCACACAGAGGGAACUAACUGUGACAAAUGUGUAGCUGGGUUUUAUAGACCAGCUGGUGUGGACAGGGCUGCCAGGGAUGCAUGUAGACCAUGUGUAUGUGACCUCAAAUUCUCUACUGGUGAUUGUGAAGAUGAAACAGGUAGAUGCAAGUGUCGUCCAGAAUACACAGGUCAAGAUUGUGACAGAUGUAACACAGGUUUCUUUGGUUACCCAGACUGUAUACCAUGUGAUUGUGAUUUCUAUGGUACAGUGGACAAUAUUUGUACUGUGGCUGGAGGAAGCUGUCCUUGUAGACCAAACUUUGAUGGACAGAAAUGUGAUAUGUGUUUACUUGGCUACUACAACUUCCCAGAUUGUAUUGCUUGUGAGUGUGAUACAAGAGGGUCAAGGUCAAAUGUAUGUGAUGUUACCUCUGGACAAUGUACAUGUGAAGCUAAUUAUGCUGGAAAGAACUGUAACGAGUGUGCAGAUGGUUAUUAUGACUUCCCUAGCUGUACAUUGUGUGACUGUGAUCAGAAUGGAGCACAUCCAGAAAUCUGUGACAAAGUGACAGGACAGUGUCUUUGCCAAGAUAACUUUGUGGAGCCUAGAUGUGAUAGCUGUAAACCUAGCUUCUUUAGGUAUCCUAUUUGUGAAGCAUGUAACUGUAACCCUGUUGGAUCUGGUAGUGAAGUAUGUGAUCUAGGCAGUGGACAGUGUCCAUGUGGUCUUAACUUUGCUGGACUUCGAUGUGAACAUUGUGCUGCAGGCUUCUAUAGAUAUCCAGAUUGUUCUCCUUGUAAUUGUGACAGAUAUGGAUCUUAUCGUCAGUCAUGUGACCAGAUUUCGGGACAAUGUGAAUGUAGGGAUACGUUUGAAGGACUGACCUGUAGCAGAUGUAGAGAGAAUUUCUUUAAUUUCCCUAAAUGUGAAGCUUGCAACUGCAACCCAGCUGGAGCUAAAGAAGUACCUGGUUACCCAUUGGGUGGAUGUGGUCAGGUACCAGUUGGUCAGCUGUGUGAAUGCAAGGAAAAUGUAAGGGGACACAUCUGUGACGAGUGUAAACCAGGCUAUUAUGGAUUGGACAGAAAUAAUCCACGAGGAUGUAGACCAUGUGACUGUCAUGUGCCAGGAACAGCAUCAGGAUUACAUGUCUGUGACCCAGGUUCUGGACAAUGUGUAUGCAAAGUUAGUGUGGGAGGUCAAAGGUGUGAUGUUUGUCAGGAUGGAUUCCACAGUCUUGAUAGAGAAAACUCAUUUGGAUGUGUUGCCUGUAAUUGUGAUACUGGUGGAUCAAUGAGCCAUGUUUGUAACAAAAGAACGGGACAAUGUCCAUGUAAACCUAGAGUUCAAGGUCUAAAAUGUUCAAGCCCAACAGAUCUUCACUAUAUUCCAUCACUACAUCAGUUCAUAUAUGAAAUUGAGGAUGGUUAUACCCCAGAUGGUUCUCGUAUUCGAUAUGGAUUUGAUGAGAGUAUUUUCCCAGACUUUUCAUGGAGAGGUUAUGCCAUACUGAAUUAUGUACAGCCCGAAGUCAUUGUAGACUUACGAAUAAGGAAGCCAAGUUUGUAUCGCAUUAUUUACCGUUAUCUCAACCCAAGUGAUCAGUCAAUAACAGGGGAGGUAAUGCUGAAACCUCAGCAGGCCGAGAUCAAUACACCACAGAUGAGCCAGGUUGUAUUUCCACCUAACGACAGUCCUAACUUUGUGACGGUAGGGAGUGGAGGAUCAAUGCAUGACUUUGUUCUAGAUCCAGGAAAUUGGAUGGUAUCAUUAAAAUCUUCUGAAAAUGUCAUGUUGGAUUACAUGGUUUUGAUUCCACAAGCUUACUAUGAAGCCUCAGUAUUGUCUGAAGAUGUGACAAGACCUUGUACCAUUCCUAAUGACGGAGGACCGUGUGUUUUGUAUAACUAUACAGACAUUGCUAACUUCCCUACCGUGUUUGGUGAGAAUGGUUAUAUCAUUGAUGUGGACGGAAACAAAACACCCACCAAUGUCUUCACUGAUGUUGUUAUCACAAAUGAAUUAGGACUGAAUGCACUUGGUCAGCUAGAUAAAAACCAGAAAAACUUGAACCUGAAUUUAGCUGUUCCAAAUCCAGGAGAUUAUGUUUUGAUGUUGAACUAUUUUACUUUUGCUAACAAUUCACAAAACUUGGAUGUGAAGGUCAAGACCGGAGAUGAGGAUUAUGAUGGAGAUGUUGUUAUUUAUAAAUGUCAAUAUAGUGUCUUGUGUCGUCAAGUAAUCACAGAUGUGAAUGGAAUGCCUAUGGUAGUCAAUAUUAAGGAUAAUGCAGAUAUCUUACUGACCGGUGAUGAUAAUGUCAAUGUAGCUAUUGGUUCAGUAACAGCUAUACCAUAUGAACAGUGGAGCCAUGGAUUUAUCAGACCACAGAUCAUAUGUAUCAGGAUUAAUGGAAUUUGUAUCACAUCAAGAUAUUUCAUCCCAGUAGGGUCAGUCAGGAUAGAUUUUGAAGAACCACCAAAUGAAGAUCUCCAGGUGGACAGAUUCGACUUCCCCAAAGGAUUAUAUGAAAUUGAUCCUAACAUAGGACUGGUUCGUCUCAAUCAAUAUCAGACCAAUAUUACCAUAGAAGGAAUGAUAAGAGAUCCAGGCAGGUUCUUUUUCCUUGUACAUUUCUACAUGCCAGGAGAAGUUGGAAUAGAUAUACCAGUUAACAUACAUGUAGAUAAUCAGGAUUACAGUGGUAUGUUCCGACCUAGAUUCUGUCCAACCCUAUCUGGAUGCCGUGGACUCAUUACAUUUGAUGACGACCUUAGAAACAAGAUCAUUGGAGGAACUGAUGGUAAAAUCAGAAUCAGUUUCAAUAACACCAGUGGAAAGACAAUCUGGGUGGAUUAUGUUCUAGUAAUACCGUCCAGUAGUUAUGACUCAAAACACUUGAACUUACAACCUAUUGAUCACUCGGUAGAGUUCCUGAAGGACUGUAUUGGACCAGGAUUUGAACUUAUAAACAAUUCCCAGUUUUGUAAAGAUGGUGUUUUUACCUUGACAACAGAUUUUAACAAUGGAGCCAUUUCUUGUGACUGUAAUAUUGAUGGGUCACUAAGUUUUGAUUGUAAUCAGUUUGGUGGACAAUGUCAGUGUCGUCAGAAUGUCAUUGGACGUAGAUGUGAAUUGUGCGAGGAGGGUUACUAUGGAUUCCCAAGAUGUAUCAAAUGUGAUUGUCCAUUCGGAACCUGCCAUCCACUGACCGGUGAUUGUAUCUGUCCACCCCAUGUAGUAGGAGCCAGAUGUGACCAGUGUUCCCCAGCUACUUAUGGCUAUGAUGCCCUUGUUGGAUGCACAGAAUGUAAAUGUAACAUAGAUGGCAUUGUAUAUGGAGAUUUGAAUUGUGAUCAGACAACUGGUGGAUGCAACUGCAAGGAGAAUAUAAUAAAUCGUAAAUGUGACCAUUGUAAGAUUGGAUACCACACCUUCCCUGCCUGUGAAAAAUGUAACUGUAAUGAAUUAGGAACCAUAGAAAAUGUUUGUGAUGCUAUGUCAGGCCAGUGUGAAUGUAAGACAAACGUUGCACCCCCAUAUUGUGACAGAUGUCAACCAGGAUCAUAUCACCUUGACCCAAGGAAUCCUAAAGGUUGUUUACAGUGUUUCUGUUUUGGAACCACAAGGACAUGUCAGAGUACAGUCAUGUACUGGGACGAUGUAGAAGAUAUGACUAGCUGGGCUGUAACCAACACAAUGGAAGGCGCUCUUCGUGAAGCUGGUACAAUAAUAGCGGUAUUGGAUGCUGUCAACAAAACCAUAGACCCCAACCAACCAAUGUACUGGAUAGCACCUGCUCCAUACUUAGGAAAUAAGCUAAGAUCAUAUGGAGGUAAAUUGAAGUUCCAGUCAAUCUACAUGUUACCCAGAGAAGAUCCUACUGUAUCUGAACAAAUGACAUCUAAUAUGGAUGUUAUCAUUAAGGGACACAACAUGACUAUCUAUCACACCUACACAUCAGUGCCUCAGCCUAGUUCUAUGUUUAAUUAUGAGUUAGAGAUAUCUGAGAAUAAGUUCCGAGAUGCUGCUACAGAAUUGAGUAUUACCAGAGAACAACUAUAUGAUAUCUUGGUGGAUGUUGAUGCUCUACAUAUUGUGGCCAAUCACUAUAGCUCACCUGGUGAAGCAAGAUUAAUGGAAGUGAAGAUGGAAUAUGCCAAAGAAGAUGGAGCUGGAGACCAAGCAGUGUCUGUUGAACAGUGUCAAUGUCCAGUGGGCUACACAGGAACUUCUUGUGAGAGUUGUGAGACAGGAUUUUAUAGAAUAAAGUCCACACCUUACCUGGGAACAUGUGUACCAUGUAGAUGUAAUGGACAUGCUGAUUCCUGUGAUUCAUUGACAGGUGUUUGUCAGACUUGCAGAGACAACACCUUUGGAGAUCACUGUGACCAAUGUUUACCUGGUCACUAUGGUGACCCAGCCACUGGACCAUGUCAGAUCUGUAGCUGCCCACUUCCUACUGCUUCUAACAAUUUUGCCACAAGCUGUGAUGUAUAUAACAAUCAGUUAUAUUCCUGUGAAUGUAAAGAAGGAUACACUGGUACCUAUUGUGAGAGAUGUGCACCAGGUUACUUUGGCAACCCAAAUCAGCAAGGAAGCACCUGCCAGCCUUGUCAGUGUUCUGGUAACAUUGAUAUGAAUGAUCCUUAUGCCUGUGAUGUAGCUACAGGAGAAUGUUUGAGGUGUCUUAAUAAUACAGUAGGACCACAGUGUUCCCUGUGUAGAGAUUGGUAUUAUGGGGAUGCUUUGCAAGAUAAGAACUGUGCAGCAUGUCAGUGUGACCAGUGUGGUUCUGAGUAUUGUGAACGUGACAAUGGACAGUGUUCAUGUAAACCUAAUGUCAUAGGACCAGGAUGUGAACAGUGCGCUCCAAAUACAUAUGGAUUUGACCAGUGUGGUGGAUGUCGAGAUUGUAACUGUGAAGUGGCAUCUGUAAGUCCACAAUGUGACAUGGUGUCUGGAGAUUGUAAUUGUCAGCCAGGUGUUGAAGGAAGAUAUUGUGAUGUGUGUAUAGAGGGCUACUGGAACUAUGCUGUCAAUGGAUGUCAGAAGUGUAAUUGUGAGUUUGAUGGAGCUAUCACCUGUGACAGGCAAUCAGGAAGAUGCCAGUGCUUACCAGGAGUGACAGGUCCUACAUGUGAUAGAUGUCUUGACAGAUGGGUACUUAUCCCACAGAAAGGUUGCCAAGAGUGUGACAACUGUGUACACAUUCUGAUUGAUGAUGUUGAAGCUUUAGAUUCUGAAUUGGGAGGUCUGACGGCUAAUUUGGCAGGAGUGUCAGCAGGUGUGUCUGCUCAUAACAGAUUACAGAGGAUUAAUGAAAGUGUAAUAGCUCUCAGGCCAGAAGUUGCAGAUCUAUAUUCUGACCCUAGAGAUCUAGAAUUGACCCCAUUAAGACAGGAACUCAGUGAAUUGGAAGUACAGGCAAAUAAUGGCAAUGGCAAGGCUUCAUCUCUGGUAAUCACAGGAAAUGCUGUUCAGGAGGAAAGCAGUCGUCUGCUAGAGUCUGCCCUUGAGACAGAGGGCACGACUAAUGAACUAGACCAGAUAAGAUUGGAAACAGUCCAGUACAUAGAGAGUGUACUAGAGAGAAUUCUACAGGGCAUCAAAUUGACCAACAUCUCAAACUAUGUGACCGUCUCACAACAGAUCAUGGAUGAAAUUAUCAGUCGAAACUUCUCCAAAGAUACCGAGGAAUGUAAUGCUGAGAAAAUGGCUGCCAUAACAAUGACCUUUAGUUUAAGAGGUUAUGUCGUGAAGACAGACAACGGUGCCAACCACACAGCUAUAACCAGAGCUGCUGUAGACAGAAUUGGAGGACGUUUGUAUGAUUUACAGAAUGGUAGUCGCUUAUCUGUAUUAGAUGCUGAGGACGCCAUCAAUAUGGCUGAGGAUAUCAGAACAGUUCUCAUGGCUACAUUACAGUCCACAAUUGAUGACAUAAAAAUGCAUGGAAGUGAUACAGAGAUGGUGCUUGACAUGUCUAGAGAUCUGAUAGAGAAAGCCUUAUUGGCUCUCCAACACACCAAAAACUGGACAAAAGAACUGGAAGAAAAUUCAUCAAAGAUGGAUGAUGCAUUGGUCAAACUCAGUGAGCGCACAGACAAUCUUAAGAUGGGAAUAGCAAUGUCAGAAGGGCCAGUCAAUGAUAGUAUAGCUCAUGCUAAUUCCCUAGAAGAACAAGCCAGAUUUUUGGAAAGUAUGUAUACGGACUCCCGUGAUUCCUCGUCCAAUGCUAUCAAUGCUGCACAGUCCUAUGGAGAUAUAGUAAUGGCCAUCGAUGAUGCAUAUGCUGCUGCUAUUUUGGCUGUUAAUGCUUCAGAUGAAGCAUUCAUGAAGUCUAAUGGUGUUGGUGAAAAUUCAGCUAUAUCUAAGAACCAGAGUAUGAACUUGUUAGAGGAAGCCAAAACAAGGAUGACUAGAACAGAACAAGAAUUGUCUGGUAGGUUAGAAGAUGCCAAACAAGAGACAGAGAAAGUUAAAGGCUUGAAUGCUCAGCUGUCUAAUGAAUUAAAUGAAGUCCAGGAUGAUCUGCCUUUUGGAAAUGUAGGUCAACGUGCACAGGACGCUCAACAAAAGGCGACAGAUGCAGAGCAGAAAGCCAUUGAUGCCCGUAAUAAAAUCAGUAACAUCCUUAACAAACUGCCAGAGGACAAGAGAAAGGUUGAAACUCUAGCCACUGACACUGUCAAUACUAAUAAAGCCACAAACGAUGCUAUGGAGCAGAUUAACUAUGUGUCAAAAAAUGUACCAGAAAUUGAGAAUCUCAUUAACAUAAUUGGUGUACAGAAGAAGACAGUACAAGAAUUGAAGGACAGAGUGAUUGCAAAUAUUACAGAACUGAAGGAGAAAAUCAAAUUAGCAAGAGAUGAAGCAAACAGGAUUCGUGUUGGCUUGGAGUUCCUUGGUAACACUACUGUGACAUUACGUAACCCACAGAACAUAAAUGAGGCGGGAUCCUUCACUAGAUUGUCCAUGUAUAUACAGACAACACAGAAAGAUGCUCUGCUAGCCUAUGUAGGAGGAGAUCAUAUUCCAGGCAGGACAGUCAGUCCUGACUACAUGUCAGUAGAACUGAGAAAUGGACAAACUGUUUUCAGAUUCAAUCUAGGAGCUCAAGAAGGUUCUACAGAAAUAGUCCAUCCAUGGGACCUGUCUGAUGGAGGAUGGUAUAAUAUCAUUGCUGAAAGAAUUGGAAAGGUUGGAACAUUAACCUUGAGAAAAGAAAACAACCUUGGCAAUGUAGAUGUAGAAGAAGUAAAAGGAGAAGCUCAGGGAACAUUUACUGUAUUAGAACUGGAUCCAGACACCACUAAAUUCUAUGUGGGUGGUGUGCCUUAUGCUGUCAGUUUGCCACCUAGUAUUGGAUAUGGAUCCUAUCAAGGUAUUAUGGAGGAAGUCAUGUUUGAUGAGAGACCCAUGGGAUUGUGGAACUUUGUAGAUGGGGAAAAUAAUUAUGUUGGUGCACAAGAAAGAAACAAACUGACUGGAGUGAUUUCAAAUGGAUUCCGAUUUGAUGGCCGUGGAUAUGUCACAGUCAGUGCUAAAGCUAUAGGCUUUAAACCAAAUAAGGAAGGAGAUCUGAUUCUUAAAUUUAAAACUUAUGCCCAGAAUGGCUUGAUCUUGUUCAUGGGAAAAGGCAGAGACUUUGUAUCCCUAGAAUUGAGGGAUGGACAUGUUUUCUACCAGUAUGAUCUGGGUGGAAUGCCAGCCAAACUGAUGUCUAAUAAGACAUACAAUGAUGGACAGUGGCACACAAUUCAGGCCCAGAGGAUUGAUACAAAUGGAUAUCUCAAAGUUGAUGAAGAUGAUGGAAUAUCUGGAACCUCCCCUGGCAAUCUGAAGGAGUUAGCCUAUGAAGAUUCUAUCUUUAUUGGUGGAUACAAUGAAUUCCUUACACCAGUCGAUAAGUAUGUGAGUUCUAUAGGGUUUGAUGGUUGUGUAAAGGAUGUACAGUUUGAUGCAACCAUUUGGGAUCUAAAUAAAAACACGAGGGCAUUAGGAGUCUUGCCUGGAUGUCCAGCUAAGAUAAGAAGAACAGCCAAUUUUGCCUCAACUGGCCAUGUUGCCAUGGUGACGGAUAGUAUUGGAGAAAACUUUGAUGUGACCUUUAAAAUGAAGACAUUGACCAAUAACAGCUUGUUAUUGUAUGCUGGUAAUGAUGCUAAGGAUGAAGUGUUUUCUGUUUCUGUGGUAAAUGGUCGUAUCAUUGUGACAAGUGAUGCUGGAAAUGAUCUCACCACAAUAGAAAGUGAUGUUAGUUCUAAAUAUAAUGAUGGAGAGUGGCAUUACUUAUCCUUGAUGAAGAUGGGAAAGAAACUAAUGAUGAAUAUAGAUGACAGAGAGAUGGUGAAUAGAAUGUCAAAGGGAGAUGACUCUAGUGUAACUACGAAUCCUGUUCUGUAUUUUGGAGGAUUUGAUGGAAGACUUCCUGAUACUUUGGUUGGAUCCACCAGACCGUUUGUUGGAUGUAUAUCUGAUGUCACAGUUAACAACAAAUUCUUAAACUUUGCUAGUAUUCCAAACCAAAAUGUAAGAGGAGCUAAGUUCAGUGAUUGCCCCAUGGUACAGCCAGGAGCCAAAAUUGAGGAACCUGACAUUCGAACCACACCUGCUCCCAGUGGUUUUACAACACCAGCUGGUCCAGAAGAGCCAGCACAAUGUGUCUUGCCUAAUCCUACAAGUUUAGGUGCACCAUCAGAUAUGGGAGAAGGACACUUCUUUGGAAAAUCUCCUUACAGCUACUUCGAGUAUGAUUCCUUGUCAUCGGGACUUAGAGUCAAGUCAGAAUUUGAAGUUAGACUAAAGACCACUUCUGGAAAUGGUGUGGUUUUCUAUGCAUCUGAUAUAAGACACACAGAUUUCUUGUCACUGUUUAUGAAGGAGGGCAAAGUUAUCUUCUCAUUUGAUUGUGGAACAGGAGAAGCUGUGAUUAUUAGUACUAAAACUUACAAUGAUGGACAGUGGCAUACUGUGAAGUUUAUGAGGAAUUUGAAGCAAGGUGCUUUAGAGAUAGAUGGUGAGAGGAUUACCGAGGGAGAUGGACUGUCCAAAGGUUCAGCAAGGUCACUGAAUGUUAAGCCUCCUUACUAUGUGGGUGGUCUCCCUGAUGAUAAAGAGUAUACAAAAAAAGUCGGCCGAAACUUACUGGUUUUGCAAUCAUAUGGUGUAUCUACUGCUUUCCAAGGCUGUAUAGCUGACUUGACACUAAGUGGAAAAGCCAUGCCCAAGCCUGUUGUAGAGAAUGAUGUUAGAAGAUGUUAUACUGAUGAUUAUGAGUCAGGAUCUUUCUUCUUCAACAAUGGUGGAUAUGUUCAAUUAGAUGACAUGUUCUCUGUUGGUGUUGACAUCACCAUAUCAUUAGAAGUGAGACCACGAAGUUUAACUGGUGUCUUGUUAUCUGUUCACGCUGACAAUGGUGGUGACUUCUUACUUCUGCAGAUGGUCAACGGAGAGCUGAUUUUGACAGCUGAUAAUGGUGGUGGCGAAUUCUCUACCAGAUAUACACCACAAGUACCCAAUAAAUUAUGUGACAGUCAGUGGCAUAAGAUUGAAGCAACAAAAGCUAAGAACGUUUUAUUGAUGAAAGUAGAUGGUCAGGAUGUUCCACAUGGUGAAGGUAAAGCAGGAUCAUCAUCUGCUGAAACGAAGAAUCCACUUUAUAUUGGAGGUGUUCCAGACUUUGAAAGAGAUGGUAUGUUGGCAGACAGCAAUCUGAUUGGUUGUAUGCGUAACCUGAUGAUCAAUGAGAAACCUCGAUACAUAUCUGGUGGUGUUGCUAAUGGUGAUGUAAACCUUGAUGCUUGUCCAGUAAACUGAUGAUAAUACUCUGACCCAGGAUGAUCCAAACAGAAUAUAAAUUAUUUAAUAUGCAUGUACAAUCAAAAUAUAUACAAUGGUGCUACUACACAUACUGUUUUUUGUUUUUAUUAAAACUUUACCUUCUUGUGUCAGCAACUAACUUUGUAAGCACUAUUAAGAAUAGAUAUUAUUAAAUCUUAUUAAAAGAACAACAUGUAUUGAUAUUAUGUUUGCAUAAAUGAAUUAUCAUAAAAUUUAUAUGUUAUACAAUUAAAGGAAAUGAAUUGCUAUAGAAAUGGUUUAAUUUGCAAUAAGCAGUUCCUUAAUGUUUUAUUAUUUUUUAUACACCCGCAGAAAUUAAAAAUUUUUUGGUCAUAUAUUGGUAUCACGUUGUCGACGUCGUCAAUGUCGUCAGCGUCGUCAGAAGACAGAUGGUUUCCGGAUAAAAACUUCAGUAUAAGUAAAUAGAAAUCAAUAAAAUUUUAACACAAGGUUUAUAACCAGUCAAGGAAGGUCGGGAUUGAUUUUGAGAGUUAUGGUCUCAACUGUUUAGGAAUUAGGGGCCAAAAAGGGGCCCAAAUAAGCAUUUUUGUAGUUUCCAGACAAUAACUUGUGUUAAAGUGUAUGAAUCUCUCUGAAAUAAUACCACAAGUUUCCAUACUACAAAGGGAUGGUAAGGAUUGACUUUUGGGGGUUAUGGCUCAAACUGAAUAGUAAUUAGGGGCAAAAAAAGGGGAAAAACAAGGGUUUUUUCUGGUUAAAGGACAGUUGAGACAAUUUAAAAGCAGUGUAAGGGAGGUAAUCCAAAUCAAUUAAAAGAACACUGUUUGAUUACCUCCCUUACACUGCUUGUAAAUUAUGUAUUUAGAAAUGAUGAUUGUCUUGAGGUGAUUAGCUGUGAAUUUAUUUUUAGCAGUUACUAUUAAUUAAUAUUAAUUUUAGCCAUGACUAUGUAUGUCAUUUUAUAUUUUAAAACUUUUAUGAUGUAUUUAAAUGGGUAGUUAUGGUUGCAAACUCCAUUAGAAAUUUGAAUUGAGAUACUGACCAUAUCUUGAGGGAAAGAUUUUUUUUCGGGGAAUAAGGGAAAGGGGGAGGUGAAAAAAAUUGGAGGGGGGGGGGGGGACAAUUUUUCUCAUUUCAGAUUUCAGAAAUUAAAAGAAAAUUUCUUCAAAUAUUUUUGUUUUGGGGUUAAUAUUCAACAGCAUAGUGUAUUGCACAAAAGCAAAAAAAACAGGGUAAAUUUUUUUUUUUUUUGGAGGGGGGGUCAAUUUGCAACAGCAUAGUGUAUUGCACAAAAGCAAAAAAUUGAAUAUAAAUUCAAAUCAUACUUUAAUCAAUUUAAAGUUCCUUGACUACAGUUAUUCUGUGUCAGAAACCUAUUACGGCCAAAAAUUUAGUUACAAUCCAAAUUCAGACCUGUAUCAAGCGUGAAUAUUGUGUCCAUUUUGGCCCCAACUUUUCAGGGUUGGACAUCUGCGGUCGUAUCCAGCUGCGCUCAGCGAAGCAAUUUAUUAACCAUUGAAAUAUGUUUAUUUUUAUGAUUUUGACUAGUCUUUUAAUCAGGGUAACAUGGAGUACUGCUCAAAUAUUUAUAUAAUAAAUAUAAACUUUAAUCAACUGAAAUAAAUCAUUAUUUUAUAUGCAGGGUAAUAGACAAUCGUUUGUACCCCAGAGGCCAAGAAGUUAGGCAUGUUAUGUUUUUCAAUUAUGUAUUUUGUAAUAAACAAUGAAUAUUGUAUGUAUAAUUUGUUUUCAGCCAUAUAUCUUUUUAUACUAAGUAAAGAAUUGAAAUGCAUGUAAGAAAUUAUGAAAUGGAAAGACAAUGAAACACCAUCUACUUAAAUUAAUUGUGAUAACUACUAUAUGAGGUCUUUUUAAAAUCUAGAAAUUAAUUUGCUAGUAAGACCUCUAGAAAUGCAUAAAAAAAUCCUGAUUAUAUUUGAUUAUAAAAGAUAUUUUAGAUAGAUGUGGCAAAGAAAAGUGUUAGUGAAACUUGCUACAUAUGUUUUAUUCAUAUGCAGAAUAAAUUUGAGAUGAUGAUAUUAUGUGCAAUAAUCUAUAAGACUGACAAAAUGGCGUUUUAAUUUUUCUGUUUGGAUCAUCUCGUGUGUAAAGACCAACCUCAAGUACAUUUAGUGGCUUGAAUUUGAAUACAAAGAACUUCUAUUUAUCAAAAUUUUGUCAAAGAUGGCUCUAAAAUAUUUCUUCAUUUAUAUUUUGAACAAAACCUUGGAAACUGUAAUCCUACUCAUGUUCGGAGUGAAAGACAAAUAUAAAUUUCACAUAAUACAUUUAUACUAAUCCCAUAAUCAGAUAGCAUCACAAUAUUUCUUUGUAUUCAGAUUUAUAUAUUUUAGCAGUCCUUUUGAUUUUUGGGGAAAUUUAUAAUUGAUUUUAUACAUUUUAAUAAUAUGAACUUUACAAGUAAGAAAUAGAAACUUUGGUUGUGUUAUAAACCUAUCAACCAUCAGUUCAAUUCUCAUUAAAAGUCAAUUCCCUUUUUAUCCCUCGAGAUCAUUUGGGUCAGAAUCUCUGUCAGAAUCUCUGUCAGAAUCUCUGUCAGUUACAAAUUUUACUCAAUUGAAAUGGGGGUAUUAAUGCAUGGUCAAUUGCAAGUAAUACGUUAAAUAUUUCAGAAUCAGAAAGAGAGGAAACUUUGUUAAUUUUUUUGGCAAAUAGACCCGAGUGUUUAAAUAUAUUUAUCAAAAACAAAACAAAAAAUAGAAUGCAUUCUUUUGAAUAGAGAAAUGCUGCUUUAGAAAUUCAAAAGGACUGCUAAUACAAAAAAAAAAUAGUUUAUUAUUUUGAUAUGUUAAAGGAUAAGGGAUAGAUAAAGUUUCUAUGCAGUAUAUUCAAUUAAAAUGAUGUGAAAGUAUGAUACCCCUGUUUACUAAAGUGGGGGUAUAUGAUGUCCAUUUCAUCUUUUGUUCAUCCCUCUCCGAUUUAUAUCUGCAAUCUCUACAACCUUAAAUUAAAACAUAUUCCACUUUCUAGGUGACAUAAAAACAUGUAAUUGGUAUAGUUUAUGGAUUUUUGGUGGCAAAACAGGAUAAUUUAUGAUUAGUGAUUGAAAUAAACUUCUUUAUUUAUUAAUUUAAACUUUGGACUUUGGAGAUGUACAUGUACAUUUAUAUUAGUUUUAUGAUUAUACUAACUUAUGUUACCCUUGACAUUGCUUCCAGCCAAAUGUCUGUGUUAUAGUAAGGAUAGUUUUUUAUUUGAUUUUACAGUUUUUGUAAUUCUGCCCCUAAUACAACUUUAGUAUAUUAAGUAUUAUGAUUUUAUAUUUUUAUAAGAUUUUAUGUGCUGUUUAAACAAUAUGCAGCUUCAGAAUUGCAAAGUUUGGUGUACAAUUGUAAAAUUUAACCCAGAAUGCUUCAGAUUCUGAAAUGGUGAAAUAGAUCUGAUGGUAAAAUUCUAUGCAUAUAUUAAACAAUGAUUUACAUCCAGUUUUUAUACCAUUUUGUUGUAGGUGUAUAAUCUUUUAUAUAUUGAUUUUUAAAGUCUUCCCCCUUUUACAUAUUGAUAUUAGAUAUUUCACUGAACCAAGAAUAUUACAAUAUAGAAGAGUUCGUUGAUUAACACACCAUUUCUAGGUGGAUAUACAAAUAAUAAAAAAAAUAAUCUUAAGUUUUAACCUUGGUCAUUACAUGCUCCAUGAGAUCAGAUUGAUAAAUUGGGAAAUAUUGGAAUACUUAAACGACAUAAAAAGAAUGUGUUGGGUAACAAUCAUCCUACAUAUAUUUUUCUAAAUAUUACAAAACUUUUUGUGUCUACGUUUCAUUAAACUCCAAAUGAUUCAAUCAUUUUAUAGAAGAGUUAUUCCAAAACAUAUAUAAAAUACCUGCAAAAAUUGCAUUUAAUGAUUCAAAAUUGUUUCAUGGAAUUUUUUAUGAUUUAAAAUGUUAGAAUAUAUGGCAUUAGAUUUUUCAUAGAAUCUUGUUGAUAUUAUUUUAGAUCUUUAUAUAUUCUUGGUUCAGUGGAAAAAGAUAAAUCUGUGGACAUAUUUAUGUACAUUUAGCUUGUGCUUUGAACCAUUUGUUUUGUUCCUACUCCAGUCUUCAGACUGUAAUAAACCAGUAUCCUAAAUGUAUUGAAAUAUUAAAGCAGAUUAAAUAAAA